AUGACCAAUUCUGGUCGGAAUCGAAAGCUUUAUCUAUUGCAGUCAGUUCAUGGGCAUUCGGAAUACUCUUGUCCACCCAACACUUAUAUAGUAAAAGAAUGCUCAUUUGUAUUUAAUGAAAAUUCGAACUAUCGCUUUUCUUAUCAAAAUCUUUUCUAUGGUAAAAUAUGUGCUUAUAUUGAUACUGUAGUUACAGUGGGAAUAGUAAUGGGAAUGGCAUGUAUCGAUUUCUUUACUUUGAUCAAAAUAAUUGCCUAUCGCAGAGCAAUACGGAAAAAUGCUGCAAUGUCAACUGGUAGUACCAUUUACAAAAGAGAAGUAAUGUUCUUCAAGCAGGUAAUAAAUACAAAUUCAAAGCCAGAAAAAUGGGCUUAA